GGAACCAACAUGGCGGACCGAACAGUUUCGGAAUCCGUUCAAUGUCCUAUUUGCUUGAAAGGCUUUACAUGUGAGACAAUAAAUGAGCAUCUGGACGCAUGUUUGUUGAGCAGCGCUGCUGGCAGCAGGCUGUCUGAGGAGGGCGGCCCUCCUCUGAAGAAACCGCGCAUUUCGGAUCCUGUUUCCUCCUCUCCCUCCACCAUGGCUGGGACUAACUCCUCCUCGAUGUUCGCUCUUUUUAAGACCAAUAAGGGGAAACCUGACGUUCAGGCCGACAGAAGUCCCGUGUCUACUGCUGUCAAUAAGGGGACUAAACGCGCACUGACGGAGCCUCGGUCGGGAAUCGCGGCUACAGAGGGUCCAUCUGUUUUAAACGGUGACACAGAGAAGAUCAUUAACCUGUCCUCAUUAAACAAACCUUUGGCGGAAGUUCUGAGACCGAAAACACUGGAGGAUUACUUUGGCCAGAACAAAGUGGUCGGCCAGAACACGCUCAUCAGAUCGCUUUUGGACUCUCAGGAGAUCCCUUCUCUGAUUCUCUGGGGGCCUCCAGGAUGUGGAAAGACAACCCUAGCCCACAUCAUUGCCAGCACAAGUAAAAAGAAAGGGACUGCCCGUUUUGUCACACUGUCCGCCACCAGUACAUCCACCAACGAAGUGCGAGAGGUGAUCAAGCAGGCGCAGAAUGAGCUCAAACUGUGCAAGAGGAAGACGAUCCUCUUCAUUGAUGAAAUUCACCGCUUUAAUAAAUCACAGCAGGACACCUUCCUGCCCCAUGUAGAGUGCGGUACGGUCACUCUGAUUGGAGCGACCACUGAGAACCCAUCCUUCCAGGUAAAUGCUGCCUUGCUGAGCAGGUGCCGGGUGCUGGUACUGGAGAAGCUCUCAGUUGAGGCAAUGGGCUCCAUUUUGAACAGAGCUCUGGCUGCACUUGGGAUCCAAGUCUGGGGACAAGGUUCAACAGAUUCUUUUUCUAGAGAGCAGAGCAACAGCAAUGAACCAACUAUAUACAUCGAACAGAAAGCUUUGGACACCAUAGCUUACCUGUGUGACGGAGAUGCAAGGACUGGACUCAACAGUCUGCAGCUGGCUGUUCAGGCUCAGAUUAACUCACUGCGACCAAACCAGUCAACAAAGGAGGGAUUUACUCAACAGAUUGUGGUGACGGAGGAGCAUAUUAAGGAGGGUCUCCAGAGAUCCCAUAUCCUCUAUGAUAAAGCCGGUGAGGAGCAUUACAACUGCAUCUCUGCUUUGCAUAAGUCCAUGAGAGGCUCCCAUGAGAACGCCUCCCUCUACUGGCUGGGCCGCAUGCUGGAGGGUGGGGAGGAUCCGCUCUAUGUGGCCCGCAGGCUGGUCCGCUUCGCCAGUGAGGACGUAGGUUUGGCUGAUCCUUCAGCCCUCACUCAGGCUGUUUCUGCCUUCCAGGCCUGCCACUUCAUCGGGAUGCCUGAAUGUGAGGUAAUCCUCGCUCAGUGUGUCAUCUAUCUCGCACGAGCACCCAAGUCUGUGGAGAUCUACAAGGCCUAUUCCAAUGUGAAAGCCUGUCUGAGAAACCACAAAGGCCCCCUUCCUUCUGUUCCCUUGCACCUCCGCAACGCCCCCACCAGGCUAAUGAAACAGCUAGGCUAUGCUAAAGACUAUAAAUACAACCCAGCAUUUAGCGGCCCUGUGGAACAGGAGUAUCUGCCUGAGGAGCUGCGGGGAGUUAACUUUUUCACCUGGACACCUUCAGAACCUUGACUGAUUAUUUAAUCUGCAGCUAAAAAACAAAUCAAAAGCUGUUUGUAAAUGUUCUCAGCAGCUGUAAACAUGUUUUCUCAAACCUGCUUAUUUACAAAAACAUUAAACAUUAAGAAUAUAAGCAAACUAAA